AUGCUUGUUAGAUUGAGAGGGACACUUGCUGGUUAUAGAACUAUACGGAGUCUUUGUGAUGGGAAAGGCUUCAAAAGUAUUUUGUCUGAUAGCAAAGUAGUCAGUCCAUUCGCAGACCCAAGAAAAACAAGAAAGCCACUUUUGGAAAGAGAACUAUCUUCUACUGUUACAUCACAUGCUAAAAUUGAGAUACCAAAAGAUGAACUUAUAACACCUUUGGGAACAAAGAUACAGGAACCUCUCGUGGUAUCUGAAGUGCCGAAAGAAAAAGAACAGAACGAUAUUGAUGCAUUGAAAGCUUCCUUGGAAAAACUAGAGCAACUUUCUGAGGAAUCUAAGAAGUCCGGAAGUUCGGGUGAUGGUGGAAGUGGCUCCCAAGAGGAUUUCGAUCAUCAAGCAGAGGCUGAGAAAAGAAGGAAGCGAAUGGAAAGAAAUACAAAGAUCACUGGAGCAGUUUUCCUUGGUGGUUCGGUCAUAGGAUUCAUUACCUUCUGCUUCUAUUAUGGCAGAGCAAAACGUGAUGAGGAAGGAAAUCUAAUUUCUGAUGAAUACUCAGGACAGUUGCUUGCUCCUUUCUAUAGAAUUUAUGAUAGCGUGUGGCAAUGGAGAGAUUUUGUUGUUGAACCAGCUAGAGAGAAGUUGCUUCCCGACCCACUUGCUCCUCCUUAUCUCCAACCAAAAUACACUUUAGUUAUCGAAAUGAAAAACAUUCUGGUAGCCCCAGAAUGGACUUAUAAGACAGGAUACAGAUUCGCCAAAAGACCAGCUUUAGAUUAUUUCCUUGACGUCGUUGGCUAUCCCAACUACGAGGUUGUCAUUUAUACGAGUGAAUCAGCUAUGACUGCCGUUCCUGUGAUAGAUAGCAUAGAUCCUAAACAACGAAUCAUGUUCAGACUUUAUAGGGAUUGUACGAAGUAUGCUAAUGGACAUCAUAUGAAGGAUCUAUCCAAAUUGAAUCGUGAUCUUUCCAAAGUUAUCUUUUUGGAAUUCGAUGCUAAGUCAGGGCAGUUGAACGUUGACAACAUGCUCCGUGUUCCCGAAUGGAAAGGAAAUAUGGACGAUACUUCUCUCGUCGAUCUGGCUGAGUUAUUGAAGACCAUAUACUUAUCGGACGUUGAUGAUGUCCGUCCAACCAUCCAAUACUACUCACAGUUUGAUGAUCCAGCUAAGGAGUUCCGUCGCCGUGCCAUUUAUCUUGCCGAACAGGAAGAGCAAAAGAAAGCGCAACCAGAAGAGUCUUCUCUCCUCAAGAAGUACUCAGGUGGACUAUUCGGAUUCCGAAGAAGGUGA